AUGGGAAGUCGGGAGCACCUAUUGAUGAUGAUUGAUGAUGAUGAGGAGGAAGGGGACUCUCACUCCGCCCCGGGACUCUCACUCUGCCCCGGUGACUCUCACUCCGCCCCGGGGACUCUCACUCCACCCCGGGGACUCUCACUCCGCCCCGGGGACUCUCACUCUGCCCCGGUGACUCUCACUCCGCCCCGGGGACUCUCACUCCACCCCGGGGACUCUCACUCCACCCCGGGGACUCUCACUCCACCCCGGGGACUCUCACUCCACCCCGGGGACUCUCACUCCACCCCGGGGACUCUCCACCCCGGGGACUCUCACUCCGCCCCAGGAACUCUCACUCCACUCCGGGAACUCUCACUCCGCCCCGGGGACUCUCACUCCACCCCGGGGACUCUCAUUCCACCCCGGGGACUCUCAUUCCACCCCGGGGACUCUCAUUCCACCCCGGGGACUCUCACUCCGCCCCGGGGACUCUCCGCCCCGGGGACUCUCCGCCCCGGGGACUCUCAAUCCGCCCCGGGGACUCUCACUCCGCCCCGGGGACUCUCACUCCGCCCCGGGGACUCUCACUUCGCCCCGGGGACUCUCACUCCACCCCGGGGACUCUCACUCCACCCCGGCGACUCUCACUCCACCCCGGGGACUCUCACUCCACCCCGGCGACUCUCACUCCACCCUGGGGACUCUCACUCCGCCCCGGGGACUCUCACUCCACCCCGGGGACUCUCACUCCGCCCCGGGGACUCUCACUCCGCCCCGGGGACUCUCACUCCACCCCGGGGACUCUCACUCCGCCCGGGGACUCUCACUCCGCCCCGGGGACUCUCACUCCACCCCGGGGACUCUCACUCCACUCCGGGGACUCUCACUCCGCCCCGGGGACUCUCACUCCACCCGGGGACUCUCACUCCACCCCGGGGACUCUCACUCCACCCCGGGGACUCUCACUCCGCCCCGGGGACUCUCACUCCACCCCGGGGACUCUCACUCCGCCCCGGGGACUCUCACUCCACCCCGGGGACUCUCACUCCACCCCGGGGACUCUCACUCCGCCCCGGGGACUCUCACUCCACCCCGGGGACUCUCACUCCACCCCGGGGACUCUCACUCCACCCCGGGGACUCACACUCCACCCCGGGGACUCUCACUCCACCCCGGGGACUCUCGCUCCGCCCGGGGACUCUCACUCCGCCCCGGGGACUCUCACUCCACCCCGGGGACUCUCGCUCCGCCCCGGGGACUCAUACUCCACCCCGGGGACUCUCACUCCGCCCGGGGACUCUCACUCCACCCCGGGGACUCUCGCUCCGCCCCGGGGACUCAUACUCCACCCCGGGGACUCUCACUCCGCCCCGGGGACUCUCACUCCACCCCGGGGACUCUCACUCCACCCCGGGGACUCACACUCCAUCCCGGGGACAAUAA